AGCACAAAAACAAGAACAAAAAAGUGGAAAAAGGCACGGGAAAAUCGAACGGGAAACUGCGGUGGCGGAGGAACGGAAAAUGGCGACCAAAUCACGGCCCGAUCGUUCUCAUCCGAUCUAGAGUGCGUGGGUGCCUGAGGUGAAAUAUUAGAAUCCGCUUGAGCUGGCGUUGCUCGCCCUACGUUUAGUGUAAUCCGUUGAAGUGAAGAUCGGGCUGGGCGCACCCAAAAGUAAAGGUGGGCAUCGCCAAUCAUCGUCGAUUUCCACUCGUCGACACCAAUUCGCUCCCGAUUUGGCUAGAGGCAACCUGUUUUUACCGUGAUUGGCAGGCUGCCCGCUCGAAGACCAAACGGAACUUUCCAAGUGAAGAUCGCCACAGCCAGCUGCGAUUGCUACUGUUUGGUCGAGUGAAUAGAAACGGGUUUCUUGAUCCUCCAGAGUGCUAGGUUUCACGGUGAAAUUAUGUGAUCGCUGCACUAGCGACCAACGCGGCUCGAAAAGCGAGAAGCAAGAUUUAAAACGAGUGGAAACGGUUGCCUGGAAGAGCAGUAUUAACGAAUAAUCGGGGUUCCGGUGUUCUACCAGAUCCAUUCAAAAUCCUGAAAAUGUCACGUGCCAAAUCUCGCAUUCAGACGGAUGUGUGCGGUGAUUGCGGCAGUACGGACCCGUCAUGGGCAUCCAUCAACCGAGGGAUACUGCUGUGCGCUGACUGCUGCUCCGUUCAUCGUAGCCUGGGGCGGCACAUUUCCCAGGUGAAAUCGCUCCGACAGGGCAGCUGGCAGGCCUCGGUGCUUAGCUUCGUCAACCAGCUGAACGCACACGGUGCGAACAGCGUCUGGGAGCAUCUGCUGCUUGAUUCGCUAGCCCCGAAGAAUCUGAAGCGCAGCAAACCAUCCCCCAAGGAUGCGGUCCAUCCGACGAAAGCAGAUUUUAUCCGGGCCAAGCAUGUGCAACUGGCGUACGUGCUGAAACCCAACUUUCAGGUCGAGGAAGGCAGCAGCCUCGAGGUGGAACUGAGCAAACAGCUGCAUGCCAGUGUACGGGCAAGCAAUCUGGAAACAUCACUCCGUCUGUUGGUGCAGGGUGCCGAUCCGAGCUUCUACCAUGAGGACAAGGGCUCGACGCCACUGCACGUUGCCGUCAAGUCUGGCCAGCUUUCACAGAUCGAGCUGCUGCUGGUGUACGGUGCCGAUGUAAAUGCUCUGGAUGCACAAAACCGAACGCCGUACGAAUUGGCACGCCAUGCCAAGCAGCCAGUCAUCGCCGACCGCUUGUUGGAAGCCAUGUACGAGGUGACGGACCGUUUGACGCUCUUCCUUACCGGCAAGAAACCCAACCAUGCAGCCGGACAACACCUACUGCUUCCGGAUCAAUCGAAGAAAGAGAUGAGUGAGCAGCUCAAGAUCGCCCGCGGUAAACUGCAACUAGUACCGAACCGCAUGUUCGAGGAACUCGUUAUGGACCUGUACGACGAGGUUGAUCGACGUGAAACGGAAGCGAUUUGGGCCACGAGUGCCCUGAACCCGGAAACCGGCGCCGUUCCCUUUCUGCCGACAAAUCCACAUCUUAGUGCCACUCGGAAUCAGGGACGGCAAAAGUUGGCCCGCUUCAGUCAACCCGAGUUUGCUGGAUUGCUGAUGGAUGUACUGCUCGAUGCUCACCGGCGACAGAACAUGGCCAAUCUGCGACCGAUCGAUGGUCCUCCGGUACCGUCCGGGCUUGCCAUUAGUGGGUUGAAGAUGGCCGAUGCAGCGGCCCGAGAAUCCAAUCUGUCCGAUGAUGAGCCGCUGUACGAUGCCGUCGCCUCGGACGAUGACUAUGCGGCGCUCGCUCCGGUGGCGCAACAGGCUCCAGUGAACAAAUCGUCUCCGGUAGCGAUCUCGAACGUCGAGGUGGUCACACUACGCCAACGGAUACAGGACCAGGAGUUAACGAUCAAUGAACUGCGAGCCGUCAUCCAGAAGCUGGCAUCGGAAAAUAGUCAACUCAAAUCGCACAUCGACACGAAGGAACACGAAGUGCAGCUGCGCAUCGAUACAUACUUGAAUGGUAGCGAAGCAGGCGGUACAGUGGUCAGCAAUAGCAACCAACAUCACUCACAGCACCACCAGUCAGAUGCAGCACAAAGCGCAACCGCCUCACCGCCAUCAACAGCAGUGGCCGGCGCUGGUGGCAACUAUACCAAGUGCCGACCGGUCAGUAUGUACGAAACGCGGCAGGCACCACGCGACGAAAGCCGACCACCGAUCACACAAAGCCUGUACUCGAUGACACCUGCUAACGGGGAACGGAACGAGAACGGUCAGAACAUGCCACUCACAACGACGGCCAGCGGUCAACCGCUGCCCUCUUUUGAUGAGGUGCAACGCCGUACGGAUGUGGUGGUACGACGCAUCAAGGAACUGUUUGCCGCCAUGAAGGAUCCAUCGCAGCGCGAAGCGUUCGUACCAUGCGCCGAGCGGAUACGUUUGGCCGUCGUUGAACUGAUGAACCUCUUCCCCGGUACACUCAUUGCCAACGAAUCGUUACGUGGUGCCCUGCAGCAGCUCAACUACAACGCCAACCUAAUACAGGCCGAGUGUGCUCGCUUGCAGCAAUCGCUAGCACUGGAGCUGCACAGUACGGCCACCGGAACGAACGGUAUGGCUCCGAAGAAUGCUGGCGGUGGUGCUAUUGUUAGCGAGGGAAUCGAACAAAACAUGGAACAGGUACGGGGCUGUGCGUACGAGCUCGCGAUGUCGACCAAAAUCCUCAUCACGCAUCUACAGCAAUCAUAGACGUAGGCCAACCGGCCUUCCCGUUGGAACUGCUUUUAACAAAACCGGAAGUAGUAAACCUGCUCUCCGGGGUACAGUAUUGACACAGCGCAUCGAAUCGCAUUGACCGAGAUCGCAAGGGCGAGAUCGAUCGGAGGCAAUUUUUUUAAAUUAAAUAUUAAUUGUUUUUUUUUCAACGAACCCUCCUGUUUUGGAAGAUUAUCCUCUUCCAGCGCAAUAUCAUGAACUAUCAUCUAUUAAUAACAAUCCCUAUGGCGAGGAUGGUUCCUCUUUAUAAAGUAACUAUUAAACGUGCCAAAAUCAAACCGCGCAAGCUAGCAGAGUAGCAAUAGUGCGAUAGAGCAUAAACGAAUAUACAAACAAUUUUAACUAUAUAAUAUAUACAAGACACCAGAAGGAUAUGAUAUUCAUCUUGCCACUCCUCCUUAUGACGAUGGUACGGAGGGCACGGAGUCUAGCUUUAAGAGGUUGCUUAUGGUUGCAGCAGCUAACCAGUUUUCUACUCCAAACGAUUGUCGCUAACUAAAGACCCAGCGUCCCAGUGUUUUGGGCACACACACACAAGUUUGUCAGUUCAAUUUUAACCACUCCCCAGGACACGGUGUGACAAGGAAUGGCCGUAAAUGGCCUACUCCUCUAGCCUUUGAGCAGAACGACAAUAAUCGAUCGAGUUAUUUAUCUAAUAGAUUUCUUUUUGUAAUUUUUAAUCUACAAAAUAUUAACAAAAAGAUAGUAACAAAAUAAAAUCGAAAACCUCUGCACACACACACGCACGCACGGAAGGAGAGAAGUGGAGUCUCUUUUGAACCACCUGUGGUGUAGUGUAAAGAGAGGGA